AUGUACACGUGCACAGCCCGAUCCAACAGGGUACCGGAGAGCUUGAAACAAGAACUUCCUCGCUCCACUGUGGACAGAGCCAACGCCAGGGGCAAAGUGAAGUGGGCGUCGCGUGGUGACGUCAUCGCUUUGACCGUCGUCGACGUCAAAGUCGUGCCAAUGCUGACCACUGCGCACCGUGAGAUUGCCGACGUGGAGUUUACCCGCAAACAUCCCGAGUUUGAUCAGGAGGCAGGGAAGUGGAAGAUGGUGGUGGCGGUUGCAAAGCGUCUCAAUGUCAUCGACGACUACAACCGGUUCAUGGACGGCGUAGAUGUUGCUGAUCAACUGCGUACAAAUUACGAGAUCAAAAUCAAGUCAAACAAGUGGUGGCAUCCGAUCUUCUGGUCUCUCAUCAACACAUCAAUCUGCAAUGCAUACCUCCUUUACAAGGUUGGUAUCGCCGACCAUGCCGCCGAAGUCAUGUCGCACAGCGACUUCCGUGCAAAGCUCGCCGAGCAGCUGGUGCAGUUGUUUCAGCGCCAACAUGGCUGCACCAGUGGCAGGAAGAGGAGAGCGUCUACCCAGGCAGCCGUUGAGCGACCGCAGAACCGCACCGUCGGCCAGCACCUCAUUGUCCGAGUGACAAGUGAGGUUGCCACAACCAAGCCCCAACGAGAUUGUAUGCUCUGCAAGGAGAAGGGGAAGAAGGGGUCGCGCAGUGUGUACGAGUGCAGCGCGUGCAACGUCGGCCUCCACCCCGUCUGCUUCAAGGAGUAUCACACCACUUGA